UCAAGACAGACAGACAUCUGCUGACCAUCCAUUUAAUCUCAGCACACUGAGUAUGAGGGAGUUGACUGGUACUCUCUUAAAGUUAAAAUGAAUCUAUUCAGUCUCUUCAGCAGUUGAGUAUAUUAGACAAGAGCGGUUCUGCAGCAGCCCUCGUGUCAAUGACCAUAAAAUGAACACCUCUCUGUCUUCUAACUUACUUAGAAAUAAUGACAUUUCAGGUAGGUAUACACAGUACUGAUCCCUGACCACACACACACACACACACACACACACACACACACACACACACGGGCUCGAGGGUCGUGUGGUGAGCGUCAUAAGCCUGUGGCAGCGCUGGAGCUGAGCGGAAACCCCUCCCGAGUCCCAACUCAACUCCUCCAACCCCAGUCAAAGAAAAGAGGAAUACCGAGGAAUCAGGAAACACGGACAAAUACUACAAUACACCUUUACAGAAAAGGCCAGGCAGCAUUAGCAGGGCAGCGCUAGCAGCGGCUAACGUCCCACCAGCACAGGAAAGCCAAUGAACAUGUUCACAGCAGUAACAAUGCAGACCUGAGCAGCACACCCCAUUGAACGAGAGAGAGAGAGCGUGCCUUGUGAGCAAGAUGGGGUUUGGCCGGGACCUGCGCAACUCGCACGAGGGUCUGGUGAAGCUGCAGGACUGGGAACUGAAGCUGCUGGAGACGGUGAAGCGCUUCAUGACCCUGCGGGUGAAGAGCGAUAAGGAAUAUGCAUCGCUACUGCUCAACAUCAGUCAGCAGGUGGACAAGCAUGACAACUCCUCUCAGAUUCACUACAUCAGUACGGUCUCCAAGUCGUGGACUCACAUGGUUCAGCAGACAGAGCAGUUGAGCAAGAUCAUGAAGUGCCACGCUGAGGAGCUCAACUCAGGGCCUCUCCACCGCCUCACAAUGAUGAUCAAAGACAAGCAGCAGGUGAAGAAGAGUUACCAAAGCCUCCACCAGCAGAUCGAGUCUGAGAUGCACAAGGUAACUAAAAACGAUCUUGAGAAGUUGAAAUUCACCUACAGGCAGUUAUCUAAGGAUGCUGUUUUAGCAAGAGACAAAUACAAGGAGGCUGUUGUAAAAGGCAAAGAGACUGAGAAAGCCCGUGAGCGUUACGACAAAGCCACCAUGAAACUGCAUAAUCUGCACAACCAAUAUGUGCUUGCGGUGAAAAGCGCACAGCUGCAUCAGGAGCACUAUCAUGAGACUGCACUGCCUCUGCUGCUGGACUCCCUGCAGAAGAUGCAGGAGGAGAUGAUCAAUGCACUUAAGGGGAUUCUGGAGGAGUACAGUGAAAUCACCAGCCUGUUAACAGAUGAAAUAGUGAAGGUCCACAAAGAAAUACACACGUCCAUCGACCAAAUCGAUCCACUGUCAGAGUAUGACAACUUCAUCGAAGUUUAUAAAGCACCAGAAGCCAAAGAACCAAAUGUAGAAUUUGAUGCAACGCUAUUAGAAGAAACAGAGAAUCUUCAAGCAAAUGAGAUUCUGUGGAAUAAUUUGACAGCAGACAGUUUACAAGCAAUGCUGAAGUCCACCUCAGAGGAGCUGCUCCUAACCCAGCAGAGUCUGCGCAGCAAAGAGGACCUCAUGCUGGACCUGGAGAACAAAAUAGAGGAAUCUACCAAAAUCUUUGAGAAGAAAUCAGAUGUGGUGUUGUUACUCAGUCAGAAGCAGUCUCUGGAGGAGUUGAGACAGACGGUCCAGCUGCUGCGCUGUUCGGAGGCCAAACUAAUGGCACAGAGAGAACUACUAGAACAGAAGAUGCAAGAGAACGAGGGCAAAGAACCACCGCCUGUCGUCAAUUAUGAAGAGGACGCCCGCUCAGUCAACUCAAUGGACAAAAGCAAAGACAAGGUAUCGAAGUUUGACACACUCAGACACUCCAUCGCUGGAAUCAUCCGCUCGCCCAAGUCUGUACUGGGCUCUUCAUCAUUUUUUGAUGUGAUACCCACUAGUGAGAAACCCCUGGGCGAGCAAGAGUGGUAUCACGGUGCCAUUCCCAGGACAGAGGCCCAGGAGCUGCUGAAGCAGCAGGGAGACUUUCUGGUGCGAGAGAGCCACGGCAAACCUGGAGAAUAUGUGCUGUCUGUGUUCUCUGAUGGACAGCGCAGACAUUUCAUCAUUCAGUUUGCUGAUAAUCAGUAUAGAUUUGAAGGCACUGGCUUUCCCACCAUCCCACAGCUCAUAGAGCAUCAUUACACAUCUAAGCAAGUCAUCACCAAGAAAUCUGGGGUCGUGCUCCUGAACCCUGUCAUAAAGGAUAAGAAAUGGAUUCUCAAUCAUGAGGAUGUCAUUCUUGGAGAACUUCUUGGGAAAGGAAAUUUUGGUGAGGUUUUUAGAGGAACGCUGCGAGAUAAAACCCCGGUGGCCGUGAAAACUUGUAAGGAAGAUCUACCACAAGACCUCAAGAUAAAGUUUCUCUCAGAGGCCAGGAUCCUGAAGCAAUAUGAUCACCCCAACAUUGUGAAGUUAAUAGGCGUCUGUACCCAACGGCAGCCCAUUUACAUAGUAAUGGAGCUCGUACCAGGCGGGGACUUUUUAUCAUUCUUAAGAAAGAAAAAAGAGGACCUCAAGACAAAGCAACUGGUAAAGUUUGCAUUAGACGCUGCUGCCGGAAUGGCAUACCUAGAGCUAAAGAACUGUAUACACAGAGAUCUGGCUGCUCGCAACUGCCUUGUGGGAGAGAACAAUGUGCUGAAGAUCAGUGAUUUUGGGAUGUCCCGCCAGGAGGACAAUGGCAUCUACUCUUCAUCAGGACUGAAACAGAUCCCAAUCAAGUGGACUGCACCGGAGGCACUGAACUAUGGGAGAUACAGCUCGGAGAGUGAUGUGUGGAGUUAUGGGAUCCUCCUGUGGGAAACCUUCAGUCUGGGAGUGUGUCCUUACCCGGGCAUGACCAACCAGCAGGCUCGAGAACAGGUCGAAAAAGGUUACAGAAUGUCCUGCCCGCAGAAGUGUCCAGAUGAGGUGUACAGGAUCAUGCAGAGAUGUUGGGAGUACAAGCCUGAGAAUCGACCCAAAUUUGUCGACAUUCAGAAAGAACUGGCCUCCGUCAAGAAAAAAUAGCCUUUAAUGAGGAAAUGGCUGGAAGGCCAAACUCAUACUUCACAUCCAGGUGAUCCCUAAUCUGCAGAGAGAAACACAGCGAAUGUUUCGCCCUCGAAAUUACAUGCUAUUAUUGUACUGAAGAGUACUCCGUCACAUAAUCACUGUGUGAACUGCCUAUGCACCAGCUGUUUUGAGCCAUUAGCAUGGAGAGAGGUCUCGGCUUUGCUCUGAUGUCAAAAUUAUGCAGAUUUUCCCCUUUUUUUUUGGUAAGUGAGCAACAGUUAAGCUACGACAGACAGCAUGUAAGAUGUAUUAGGUGUAUUCAGUAUGCCUUUGAGUACUCACCAGUGAAAAAGGGGGGUUGUUCACCCAAAAAUGAAAUUCUGUCAUCAUUUGCUCACACUUACGUUGUUCCAAACCUGCAGAACUUUUCUUUCUUUCUUUGGAACACAAAAACAUUUUGAAGUGUUGGGGUUAGUUGGGUCCAAUGUUGUUUUAUACUCAAUUCACUUUCACUAUAUAGACAAAACAGUUGAAACAUUCUUCAAAAUAUCUUUUGUUUUUACAGAGGAAAGAAAAAAGGCCAUGUGGGUGAAUAAAUGAUGACAGAAUGUUCAUUUUUGGGGAACUAUACCUUUACAAUGUGGAGAUGAAUGUGUGAAGAUGGACUGUUUGUCCACCCAAUAACAAUAUUGCUUUUUCAUUUUUUUUUUUUUUUUUAAGUCCUAAAACCUAAUGGUUUGGGGAGUUUUAUAGUCAAGCCAUUUUAUGCCAUUUUUAUGUUAUUGGAGUAAUAAGGAAAAAAAUUACAGAUGUUUGUCAGUCACACAAAAUAACAUGUCACAUCCUUAAGACUUUGAUUGAGUGAUAUUCAGCACUCAUCAAGCAAUGAGACCAAAUGCAUAGAUUUACCUAAGUGCAAUUUAUAAUAACAAAAAUAGUAUACUGCAGUCAGGUGGCCUUAAAGUAAAACCCGAGCGAUUCUGCCAGGCUGCUUGCAUGGACACUGCAUCAAUCUACAGUUUACAAGCCUUCAGAUUUCUUCCAAGUCUCCAAAUACUUCAACCUCACACCUCUUUAUGGUUCAUGUCAUUUGACGUUUAAAGUGAUAGCUCAUCAACUGUCAUUAUUUGCUCACCUCCAUGCCUUUCCGAUUGCUUUAUGAUUUUAGUUUCUUCCGUAGAACACAAAAGAAGAGAUUUACUAUAAUGUCCACGCUGCUCUUUUCCAUACUGUGAAAGAAAAUGAUUACCGGAGCCCUUGCGCUUCAAAAAGCACCAGAGAAUAUCAUAGAAGUGGUCUAUAUAUGAUUUUGCAGUGUAUUUCAAAUCUGCUGAGGAAACAAGUUGCCAUUCACUGAAAAUCUUUCGCUCCACUGUAGCUCUCAGUUCUCGUUUAUGGUUUGUACAUAGAUACGUAGUUUGAAGGUGCGACAACACUUUUAAUGAUGCAUUGUCAUAAGCAAAUACGAUGCAUCAAAUUUAAAUGUGGAAGAUUUUCAGUGAAUAACAACUUAAAUUUGAUUUCAUUCUGUCACACAAAGUGACACAGAAUAUAUGGAACAAGUCAAAUAGACUGCUUUUCUGAUACUUUUACAGUCCUAGUAACUUUCAAUGUAUGGAAAAGAGCAGCUUGCCUUCAAAACAACUGUUUGAAACACAGAAAAUCAUGCUAUUUUUGACAGAUGAAAAUGAGGAGAUAAUGACAUCUCUUUACAUUUACAAUGUUGCCAUGUAGCAUAUUAGACGUCACCAAAAGCUCUGUCCAAAACUGUGUUUUGUUAUGUUGGGGAUCUGUUUUUUUGGGGGGGGGGUUUUCUCAGUAACCAGCAACCAAAGCCAGUCACAAGCAUGUUUAUCUGUAUCUAUGCCAUUGUCUUGGAUUGUGAUGUUCUUAUUCUUGUGCUAUUUUACGAUCAGGUUUUCUCAUACAAACAACCCUUGAGUCAUUUACCUAAACAAGUAUUACAGGUUUGGUUAGACAAUGAUGUAUUUUGUAUUAAGAAUAUCCUAGGUUGUUUCCUACCAUUUUUGUCAAGUGCCAUUUUCUUUCCAUGCAUCUGUGUGGGCCGCCCAGACCAGCAACUUCUUGUUCCCGAGUCACAUAAAUUUGUCAUUCCAUUUCCACAAAAAUGGAAUAGUGGUUUCUUCAAGGUUUACUCUAUCAAAUCAUUCCUUUUGUAUUUUGUAAAUACUUUUUUGUAGAUUCAGUAAUGUAAUUUUGUAGGUGUUUGUUUUUUUUCACUGCAAAACUAAUGAUAUUAGAAUGUGGAUGUCUGUCAGGAAUAUGUGUCAACUUUCAGCUAUAAUAGCAGCGAUGAAGACCCAGAAUCAAUACUGCUCUAAUAUUUGCACAUUUGGAUUAUGUAAAGAGGGUCCCAUAGCAUUGACUGUGCUUCUUUCAAGUCUGCAAAAUCUUUUUUUUUUUCUCUCUUCACGUUUUUGCUAUCUCUAUAAAGCAGCCAAAAGUCAAUGGGGUUUGACAUGCAAUAAAAUGCAUGUGCCAAUCAUGCAGAACUGGUGAUAAUUUACACAUAAAGCUACUGUAUAAUACAGUUUGGAUUUGUAUCCUUGCAUGAUUCGCCAGUGGGUUCAGAUCAAAAUUAUUAUUAUUUUUUUUUGGUGAAGCUGAACUUACAUCAAUUAAACUACUGGUGAGUGAGAUCUUGUUUUUUUUUUCUCCAACAUCAAAGCAAUUAUCCCUAUAGUGUGUUGUUUGAAAUACUGUAAUAUUAUUCUAGCAUUUUAAUCUUUUGCUUUUUUGUACCAUUCACUAUAAUUCCUACUGUCAGUGUAUUAAAGCAAACGCCAGUAUUGUGUCUCACAUUAUAUUGAAAUUUGUGUUACUCUGAGACAUUAGAUUCUCUUUCCCAUGUCUAAACUUCCAUCAGAAAAAAUGGCUUGUUUUGUUCAAGCAGAAAACAUUCAGAACUUGAGCUCAUGUACUUUAAGCAAAAGUUUCUGUUGUCAUUCAGAUCGGCAAUUCUUCCUUCCCUGUGCUGGACUAUUUAUUUUUUUGAUGGAAACACUUAAUGUAUUGAUUGCACUUUUGGCCUUUUUAUGCUUUAAAAUGAUCUCUUAAUAUAAAACAGCAUAAAAUUGCUGUUUCAGGAAAUGAUCCAUGAACAAAAGUAGAAAAGCAACACUGGACGUUUAAUUUUCAAACUAAUGCUUUUAGAGAUUUUCACCCCUGCCACCUGAAAGAGGAAAUAUGAAAAAGUGAAAUGGUUGACAUUUAGAAGGCUUGAUUCCCAUGUAGUUUUCUUUCGUCUGUCUCUUGUUUGCUCAUAACACCUCUCUGAUGGACAUUCAACUAUAACAAUGUCUGCUCAUUGUUUAUAUUGUACACUUGCAAUAAAGUUUUGAGUCUUUGAA